UGAAACCAAAAUAAAACUCCAAAAAGUCCCGAACACAAAAACUGAAGCAAAAUGGCGGCUUCGGCUUGCUUAACCAACACCACACCAAAACUCACCACCACCUUCUCUUCAUCUUCUUCUUCGAGAACUCUUCAUAAACUCUGCAAAAGAUUCCCUCUCAUUUUACUCUCUUCUUCACGUUCUCUCUCUUCAUAUUCUAGCCUUUCUCCCAAAACCCUACGUUUUCUCUCUCCUCAUCGGAAUAAUCUUCUCCGCCGGAAUUUCUCACCUCGUGCUGAAUUUUCUUCUUCUUCCGAUAAUGGCGGUCAAUAUGAUUUCGAUCUCUUUACUAUUGGUGCUGGUAGCGGUGGUGUUCGAGCUUCUCGUUUCGCUUCCAAUUUCGGUGCUUCUGUUGCUGUAUGUGAGCUUCCUUUUAGCACUAUAUCGUCUGAGACUGCUGGUGGUGUUGGCGGAACCUGUGUACUUCGAGGAUGCGUGCCAAAGAAGCUGCUUGUAUAUUCUUCUAAAUAUUCUCAUGAAUUUGAGGAAAGCCAUGGGUUUGGCUGGAGUUAUGAUACUGAACCCAAGCAUGACUGGAGCACCCUGAUUGCUAACAAGAAUGCUGAACUUCAGCGCCUUACGGGCAUCUACAAAAAUAUCCUGAAAAAUGCAAAUGUCACACUUAUUGAAGGCCGUGGAAAGAUUGUAGAUCCUCACACAGUUGAUGUGGAUGGAAAACUUUACUCCGCGAGGCACAUAUUGAUUUCUGUUGGCGGCCGUCCUUAUAUCCCUGAUAUUCCGGGUAGUGAAUAUGCUAUUGAUUCUGAUGCUGCUCUUGAUCUCCCAGAAAAGCCUAAGAAAAUUGCUAUUAUUGGGGGCGGCUACAUUAGUUUGGAAUUCGCUGGUAUCUUCAAUGGUUUAGGAAGUGAUGUUCAUGUUUUUAUUCGUCAAAAGAAGGUCUUAAGAGGUUUUGAUGAAGAGGUCAGAGAUUUUGUUUCAGAACAAAUGUCAGUGAGAGGAGUUGAGUUUCACACAGAAGAAUCUCCCCAAGCUAUCAUUAAAGCUGCAGAUGGCACAUUAACGUUAAAGACCAACAAGGAAACUAUUGAUGGUUUCUCACAUAUCAUGUUUGCCACAGGGCGAAAACCAAAUACCAAGAAUUUGGGGCUGGAAGCUGUGGGGGUAAAGAUGGACAAGAAUGGAGCCAUACAGGUUAAUGAGUUUUCCCAGUCGUCGGUUCCUUCUAUUUGGGCGGUAGGUGAUGUUACUGAUAGAGUGAACUUGACACCUGUUGCUUUGAUGGAGGGAGGAGCAUUAGCAAAGACAUUGUUCAAAAAUGAACCAACAAAACCUGAUUAUCGAGCUGUACCUUCUGCUGUGUUUUCCCAGCCACCUAUUGGCCAAGUCGGUCUAACAGAGGAGCAAGCCAUAGAGUCAUUUGGUGAUGUUGAUGUUUUCACUGCAAAUUUUAGGCCGUUAAAAGCCACUUUAUCCGGUCUUCCAGACCGUGUAUUCACGAAACUUCUAGUCUGUGCAAAGACUGAUAAAGUCAUUGGGUUACACAUGUGCGGAGAGGAUGCACCAGAAAUAAUGCAGGGGUUUGCAGUUGCAGUAAAAGCUGGCUUGACAAAGGCGGACUUCGAUGCGACAAUUGGAAUUCAUCCCACAGCAGCAGAAGAGUUUGUUACAAUGAGGACGCCUACUCGCCAAAUUCGCAAUGGACCACCAAAGGGUAAAAAGGAUUCUGAGCCUCGAACUGUAGCAGGAGUCUAGGCUCAUGCUCUGAUGUAUAGGCUGCAUUUGGGAACAGAGCUGAAAAAUUUUGAGCAAGUAACUCGAAGAUGCUUGCUUGGUGAUGACAUUUCCGAGUCAAUUUUGCUUCAUUUAUCGUGAUCCAUCUGCCUCUGAAUAUCAACGGUAAGGCUAUCAUGCUCAUAUUUACAAAUGCAAAGUACCAGAAGGAUAACGGAGUUUUGAUUUUCUGUAAUAACGAGUGGUACAGAUCAACUGCAAUAUGACUUAGCUAGUUGCUGCAUUUCCGCUCCAGACAUUACCUUAUGUGUGUCCUCGGCCAAUUUUUUCGUGAUUUUUUAAAUUAUUUGCCCCAAUCUCUGUUCUUUGUCAUCUGGAACUGAGACUGUGCCAUUGAGUUGCACCCAAUAUGUUUCCAGAUCUUGACCAUGCAAUAAUUAUAAGCUAUUAAUUCAUACUGUUCAAUGGC